AGAUGCUCUAAACCCUCGCCGCCCCUCACAGUGAGCCUAGCAUUGAACUCCACUCAUCUGCUAACGGACCGGUGCUGCAUCUCAUCCAGACGUCUGGCUGUCCUUCACACCCAUCAACUUCAUCAGAGAGGAAUCUUUCUGUCAUAACCGCUCAAAAUGAAUCUUGAGCCUCACAAGAUUGAGAUCAAGUCGGCCACCCGUGUCACCGGAGGCCCCGCCACCCCACGCAAGGGCCCGCCCAAGUUCAAGCAGAGGCAGACCCGCCAGUUCAAGAGCAAGCCUCCCAAGAAGGGAAUCCAGGGUUUUGGUGAUGAUAUCCCCGGGAUGGAAGGUUUAGGCACAGACAUCACCGUCAUCUGCCCCUGGGAGGCCUUCAAUCACCUGGAGCUGCACGAGCUGGCUCAGUAUGGUAUCAUCUGAGCCGUCCUGCUCCUCCCUGCGAUGCUCCGAGGAUUACAGGCCACAUCCCGGCACCUCACAACAUCUGCGUCGGGCCUCGUCUAGCAGCUUUAAAUCCAAAAAACCACAGAAACAAACUAUCACAUUGCACCGUAACAAACAGAUAAAAAAAAUAGAAAAGAGCAAAAAAAAUCUACAAAAAAUACAUCCUGUCAUUCUUCUCUUGAUCUCUUCUUCUGAUUCUGCAUUUUCACAUAAAUAAUCUGCACAUUUUUAGGAUCUUUAGCUUUCAUCUUCACCAGAUCUGCACAGUUACUCUGAGCUUUUUCUCUUACUUUAUUCUUCUUCUUCUCUCUUCUCCUUUUUUCUUCUAACUGUCACAACAUAUACGCAUGCAAGGCAGCCUCAAGUUGAGUUUAAGUGACAAACCCGUGAAGAGGUUGGGUUCCUUCUUCAUGUGCUUUGAGGGCCUCUUUUACCAUCUCAGAGGCUUUUCCAUCAACACCGCAGAUAAAAUAACUGAUUCUGUAGAGAGUGGACGACAUUUCAGUGAGAUAACGUUCAUAAAUCAUGAUCAGAUAUCCCUCUUAUCCCUUUGUUUGGACAAAAGAUGCUUCACAUAAACCUCCUUCUGAUUUGUCUUUAAAGUUUCUACCACCAAUAAGUUGUUGUGUGAUGUUUGAGGAGAGUAAAGAGUUCAUGUCUUUUCUUAUAAUACACCUGAAAUGUAGUGUGUACCAUCUAUUGUAAGUCUAAAGCAUAGACUGUAUAUAUACAAAUGGACAGCAUGCCUCAGCCUCCUCCCGUUAAACAGAAUGAAGCCAAAAUAAUCGGGUGAAUUUGCAACCAGAGUCUGCACAAUUUGUAGAGCCCCAGCAUUGACGUCCUGCGGCUUCUACUAUUGGAAACACACAUUUAACUUAAAGAUGAAACUGCAGAACCCCUACAGUCUCAUUCGUCAACAGAGCUGUCAAUCACGACAAUUUAUACAGAUUUAUAGAAUCAAAAAACUCAUUCAAAAGAAAUGAGGACUUGAACACAAUCAACAGGAUAAUUAAUAACUGUCAUGAUGACAAAACAGGAUUUGAUAGUUUGACACACGUCGUGUCUGUGAACAUAGAGGAGGCGGGGUUUAUGACCUAUACUGCAGACAGCCAGCAGGGGGAGCUCUCAAACGUUUUGCAUCACCUGAGGCGAGGUGUCUGCCGUCCAUUCUUUAUACAGUGUAUUAGUAUCAUGUUGCAUGUUGUGUUAUUAUACUUUAAUACAGCAUUGUGUGUGUUUGUGGUUAAGAUACAUAUUUUCGCUCUUUUGUCCUCGUCUUGUUGACGUUUAUAUUUGAGCCCACUUUCUUUCAUCUUACAUCCAUAAUUCUUUGUUCAAUAUUUUUGUUUUUUUUAAUUUCAUCAUCAUCUCACCUCCAUGUGUCCGUAUUUCUGUUCUGAUCCAGAGAUUGAAGUUUUUAUUUUCUAAAUCAAACUUGUUUAAAUAUUUUGUAUAUUUAUCUUUACGGUAUUGUUCUUUAUCUUUAAAAAAAAAAAAAACAUUGUAAAAAUCUUUACGAUAAAAACAAAGACAACUUUCACUGAUGAUAAAAAAGUUGAUGAACUGCUGGAUUCAUCUCGAGUUUAUGUUCCCAGUUACGGGAUGUUUCAGUGUACUGGUUUCUAACUGGUGUGUAAUGGAGCUUUGUCCUCUCUACAGGAUGAUGUAAAAAUAAAACAUAAAAAGAGGAAAAUGAAGAUGGGACUUUAUUUAACCUCAUUGAAAUUGUUCCCUUGAUUAUGAGUCUGAAGCUCUUUGUCUUUAUUUCUGUCUUGAAGUGAAAAUAAACUCACAUACAGUUCA